AUAAGGGCCUUGUGGCUAUUUCAAGAAGGCUCGGUCUUGUGAGGCCUGAUUCUUCAGAGCCUUCUUGCAAUAAGGUAGUGGCUUUUUCUCUUGAUAUCGCACGGCUCCCGCUUUUCAGGUUGGUUUUUUACUACUGCUUACUGCUAGUAGAUAUAUACUGUCUAUAUUCUGUUCAGGCCGCUUUCUGUCGUAAGAAUCGGCUAGGGUAGAGCAGAAAUCCUAACUUCUCUGGGGAAAGAUGUCGGCCCCGCCAUGGUCAAGAUCAAAGUUCGACAAACCAUCAUUUGGAACGGUGAACGUUAGCAAAUCGAUUAAAACCAGCGCUACUGUUCCCAAAACUUCAAACACUUCAAGUUUCACUCCGUCUUCAUCCUCGUCUUCAAGCACUUCCGCCACCGCAGCUGAAACAACAUCUAGCUCAAGAGGGAAUGGCGGUGCUGCAGCAGCAGCGGGUAGUAAUGCGUGGCCUCCGUCACUGAAAGAGUACGUCGGUCGCUGCUUCACGGCGUUUCCGCCUUCUCAGCGGCCGAUGAUGGAAGUGAAUUUGAAAAAGAUCAUAAGUGCAGCUCUUGAUUCUGGAGCGAUAUGGACGAUAGACUGGGAUAAACAGCCACUUCCGAUAGAGCCCGAAUCAAAUGACGACGAUAUGGAAGAUCGGUUGGAGGCUUUGAGGGGGAACAGAGACAAAGAUACGGCGAUGUCGGAUGCACCACUGACGACAGAGCAGACGACGAAGAGGAAGGCGACGAAGAGGUCAGCGAAGUGGGAUCAACCCCCUAGUGACGAUUAUAGUCCUCCACCCCCGUCUCCUACCAUCAAGAAGAAAAAAAUCGAUUUGAGUACCAGAUUUGUCAUGUCAGAAGAGGACAAGGCGAAGAAAGAAAGCCGCGCCAGAAGAUUUCACUCAGAUUCACACGAGAACACAGCUACGCCCACCCCGCCACCACCAUCCUUUGGAGCUGAUCAGCUGUAUAUUUCGGACGGUGUUCCCGAGGUUUUUGUGGGCCGCUGUCAAAAGCUGGAAAAGCGAUAUUUGAGAUUAACGUCAGCGCCGGAUCCAGAAACGGUGCGGCCGUUACCUGUUCUUAAGCAAGCUCUGGAGCUGUUGAAGCAGAAAUGGCGGGAAGAGAAAAACUAUGCGUAUAUCUGUGACCAGUUCAAAUCGAUGCGGCAGGACCUCACUGUUCAACUAAUACAAAACGAGUUCACUGUGAACGUGUAUGAGAUACACGCUAGGAUUGCAUUGGAGCGAGGGGACCUUGGGGAAUACAACCAAUGCCAAACUCAACUGCGAGCUCUAUACGAGAAGGGGAUUCCCGGGCACCCAGAAGAGUUUUUGGCAUACCGAAUUCUUUACUUUCUGCAUACCCGGAACCAGAGCGACAUGAAUGAACUACUAACCGAACUAACAGAAAAGGAAAAGGAAAACGAAGCUGUGAUGCACGCGCUGGCGGUGCGGACGGCACUUACUGACUCUGACUACCACACGCUGAUGAAAUUGUACAUGAAUGCGCCGAAUAUGGGCGGAUAUGUGAUGGACUCUUUUAUUGACCGCGAACGGCUGCUUGCGCUCGAGAUUAUCUGCAAAGCUUUCCGACCAGAGAUUGGUCUUGAUUAUCUCACGGUUGAGCUGGGCUUUGAAUCAGAAGAGGAAUGCCUGGAGUUUAUGCAGAGAAAUUCGAUUAUUGAGCAUUUUGACUCGAAGACACGACGGCUACGCACAAAAGAGGCAUAUCCGGUUGUAAUGUACAAUCGGAUGGCUGCGUUCAAGAAGAUCGAUAUCAAGGGUCAGCUUUGAUUUGUGGAUUUGUGUUUGUGUAGGGGUGGUAUUUCAUUUACUUCCUUUUGGAUGAUACGGCUGUGUUUGUUGUUAUAUCUGUUCAUGUGACGGAAGUCUUUGAUGGUUCCGCCUAGGUGUCUCGGUUUAGUUUGUACAGAUUGUUUGUCAUGAUUAGCAAAUAGGAUUAGUAUAGAUAUCUAAAGCGAGCGGUAGAUUACUUCACAGGAAGGGCAACGAAGGCGAAGGAGCGGU